AUGGGUGAUACCGGCAAGGAAAACCGCGAGCUCGGCGACAUUGAUAACCUCAAACAAGCAACCGAAUACACUGAAGCAAUCGUCAUAACACGACUCACAGAAGAAGAUGUCCACAAACUCUCAAGAGAAUCUCUGACCCUCAAGUCCCGGACUGGAUGGCGUCUUGCCAUGAUCCUAUUCGUCCAGGGUUGCAAUCAAGCUGGAUAUGGUGUUGACUGGGCUGUCAUUGGAGGUAUCAACGCUCUUCCAGCUCUGCAUGCCUAUUUCGGGUUUGGAUAUAGCGGAUCCACGAUCGGUGUCAUUAACGCUCUUAUGACCAUUGGUACUGUUUGCGGUGCUCCGUUUCUGGGUCUUGCAGACGUGAUUGGUCGACGUGGUGUCAACUUUGCUGGCAACGUCAUCGUCGUCUUUGCGGCGCUAUUGCAGGCUUGGGCGAAGAAUACUGAGAUGUUCAUGGCUGGAAGGUUUUUUAUGGGUUUCGGUACAGCUCUCAUGAGUUCCAGCCAAUACAUGGCUGAGAUCUCGCCGAUUCAUCUGCGCGGCAGAUUGGUAGGUGUCUUUGGCGCAUGUUUCCAGGUUGGCUCGCUUGGCAACUACUCCUGGCGCAUCCCAUUGCUUCUCCAAGCUGGUCUUGCUCUGGUUGUUUGCGUCACCAUCUAUCCUCUGACUCCUGAAAGUCCUAGGUACUUGGUCAAAGUAGACAAGAGAGAUGCUGCGAAGCAUGUUGUCGCCAAGUACCACACCACAAGUGGCAACCUCGAUGAGCCUUUGGUCAACGUGGUAAUCAACCAAAUCGACGAGUCCCUUGAGAACGAAAAGGCGCUGGCUGGCGCGUGGUGGGACUAUCGAGUUUUCUUCACCAAGACCGUUGGAUUCCGUAUGGUGGUUCUGACUUUGUACUCUGUCUUCCAGCAGUGGAACGGAGGUGGUAUCAUUACCUAUUAUCUUACUCCAGCUUUGCUCAUGGUUGGCAUCAAGAAGCCGAUGGAGCAACUUGGCAUGUAA